AUGCAGCCAGUUGAGGGUGUCGUGUCUUUUGAAGAGGUGGCUGUGCGUUUCACCCGGAGGGAGUGGAUCCUGCUGCGCCCAGCCCAGAGGGCUCUCUACAAGGAGGUCAUGCUGGAGAAUUUUGGGAACGUGGCCUCUCUGGGAAUUCAGGUUGCCAAACCUGACCUCAUAUCCUGGCUGGAAGAGGAGGAAGAGCUGUUUCUCCUAAUCUCUGAUGAAGAAGAUGGAUUAGCAGGAGAAGAUUUGUGGGAGUCAGAAAAUAAAACAAAAGAACUUCCAUUGAUGGGGAAAGAAGAUAUAUAUCCAGAUGUGAAAGAAAACACUGAAUAUUAUAGUGCACGGAGGAAGGAGGAAGGAAAAGACCCACCAAGGAAAAGUUCUUGUCUUGUACAAAGUGAUGUCACUCAUGAAGUUUCACGACUACAAAAAAUAUUGAAAGGAGAAAAUAGGAAUGAGCAAACAGAAAGAAAGGAAAAUGUUCUUGAAAAAUCAGAAAAUAAUAUUCUCUGGAAAACCCAUAAAGGAAAGAACUUAUAUAAAUGCCUGGAGUAUGGAAAAGUAUUUCAGCAGACAGAUAAAUGUACUUCCUAUAAAAGAAUUCAUACAAGGAAGAAGCAGUAUAAAUGUCUGGCAUGUGGGAAAAGCUUUGGUCAGAGUACACACCUUAUUUGCCAUCAAAGGAUUCACACAGGGGAGAAACCAUAUGAAUGUCAGGAGUGUGGAAAGAGGUUCAUUCACAAUGGAAGCCUUACUUCUCAUCAAAGAAUUCACUCAGGUGAGAAACCAUUUGAAUGCCUUGAGUGUGGAAAAAGAUUUAGUCAAAGUGCGAACCUUACUUCUCAUCAAAGAACUCAUACAGGGGUGAAACCGUAUAAAUGCCUGGAAUGUGGAAGAAGUUUCAGUAAGAGUGAUCAACUUACUAUCCAUCAGCGAAUUCACACAGGGGAGAAACCAUAUAAAUGCCAAGAAUGUGGAAAAAGCUUCUCUGAGAGUGGAAAACUUACUGUUCAUCAAAGAAUUCACACAGGGGAGAAACCCUAUGAAUGCCAGGAGUGUGGAAAGAGGUUCAUUCAUAGUGGAAGCCUUACUUCUCAUCAAAGAAUUCACACAGGGGAGAAACCAUAUGAAUGCUUGGAGUGUGGAAAAAGAUUUAGUCAAAGUGCGAACCUUACUUCUCAUCAAAGAACUCAUACAGGGGUGAAACCGUACAAAUGCCUGGAAUGUGGAAGAAGCUUCAGUAAGCAUGAUAAACUUACUGUGCAUCAACGAAUUCACACAGGGGAGAAACCCUAUGAAUGCCAGGAGUGUGGAAAAGGCUUCUCUAAGAAUGAAAAACUUACUGUCCAUCAAAGAAUUCACACAGGGGAGAAACCCUAUGAAUGCCAGGAGUGUGGAAAGAGAUUCAUUCACAGUGGAAGCCUUACUUCUCAUCAAAGAAUUCACACAGGGGAGAAACCAUAUGAAUGCUUGGAGUGCGGAAAAAGAUUUAUUCAAAGUGCACACCUGACUUCUCAUCAAAGAACUCACACAGGGGUGAAACCGUAUAAAUGCCUCGAAUGUGGAAGAAGCUUCAGUAAACAUGAUAAACUAAUUGUUCAUCAAAGAAUUCACACAGGGGAGAAACCGUAUAAAUGCCAGGAAUGUGGAAAAAGCUUCUCUGAGAGUGGAAAACUUACUAUCCAUCAAAGAAUUCACACAGGAGAGAAACCAUAUAUGUGCCUGGAGUGUGGAAAGAGGUUCAUUGACAGUGGAAGCCUUACUUCUCAUCAAAGAAUUCACACAGGGGAGAAACCAUAUGAAUGCCUGGAGUGUGGAAAAAGAUUCAGUCAAAGGACAAACCUUACUUCUCAUCAAAGAACUCACACAGUGGUGAGACCAUAUAAAUGUCUGGAAUGUGGAAGAAGCUUCAUUAAGAGUUAUCAACUUACUGUCCAUCAAAGAAUUCACACAGGGGAGAAACCAUACAAAUGCCAGGAGUGUGGAAAGAGUUUUAUACAUAGUGGAAGCCUCACUUCUCAUCAAAGAAUUCACACAGGAGAUAAAUCAUAUACAUGCCAGGAGUGUGGAAAGAGUUUUAUUCACAGUGGAAGCCUUACUUCUCAUCGAAGAAUUCAUACAGGGGAGAAACCAUAUGAAUGUCUGGAGUGUGGAAAGAGAUUUAUUCAAAGUGCACACCUUUCUUCUCAUCAAAGAACUCACACAGAGGUGAAACCGUAUAAAUGCCUGGAAUGUGGAAGAAGCUUCAGUAAGAGUGAUCAACUUACUAUCCAUCAAAGAAUACACAAAGGGGAGAAACCAUAUAAAUGCCAGGAAUGUGGAAAAAGCUUCUCUAAAAGUGGAAAACUUACUGUCCAUCAAAGAAUUCACACAGGAGAGAAACCUUAUUCAUGCUACCAGUGUGGAAUGGGAUUCAUUCACAGUGGAAGCCUUACUUCACAUCAAAGAAUUCACACAGGAGAGAAACCAUAUGAAUGCCUGGAGUGUGGAAAAAGAUUUAGUCAAAGUACACACCUAAGGUCUCAUCAAAGAACUCACACAGGACUGAAACCAUAUAAAUGCCUUGAAUGUGGAAGAAGCUUUAGUAAGAGUGAUCAACUUACUGUGCAUGAACGAAUUCACACAGGGGAGAAACCAUAUAAAUGCCAGGAAUGUGGAAAAAGCUUCUCUGAGAGUAGAAAACUUAUUGUCCAUCAGAGAAUUCACACAGGGGAGAAACCAUAUUCAUGCCAGGAGUGUGGAAAGAGGUUCAUUCACAAUGGAAGCCUUACUUCUCAUAAAAGAAUUCAUACAGGGGAGAAACCAUAUGAAUGUCUGGAGUGUGGAAAGAGAUUUAUUCAAAGUGCACACCUUACUUCUCAUCAAAGAAUUCACAUAGGGGUGAAAUCGUAUAAAUACCUGGCAUGUGAAAGAAGCUUCAGUAACAGUGAUAAACUUAUUGUCCAUCAAAGAAUUCACACAGGGGAGAAGCCAUAGAAAUGACAGGAGUGUUGGAAAAGAUUUAGUUGAAGUGCACACCUUACUUCUCAUCAAAGAACUCACACAGGGGUGAAACGGUAUAAAUGCCUGGAAUGUGGAAGAGGCUUCAGUAAGAGUGAAAAGCUUCCUAUCCAUCAACAAAUUCGCACAGGUGAGAAGAAAUAUAAACGGCUGGAGUGUGGAAAAAACUUCAAUCAGAGUGGAAACUUUAAUUCCCAUCAAAGAAUUCACAUACAUGCUAGGAGUGUGGUGAAAGCUUCAGUCAAAGUGGAAUUCUUGCUGUAUUCAAAAUGGAGAUUUUAUAAGGAUUUAUACAGGGAGCUUCCGAGGAAAAUGGCAAACUGAACAGGAGCAUUUUUAAAAGUUCCAGACUCAUCUUGGUGUAAGGCAUACUCAUACCAGGAUUGAGAUAAUUCAUGCUCCAAUCUUUGCCGAGUUCCCUAAGGGGGAGCUCUCACUGAUAGCUCUAACUGAUAGGUGAAUCCAUGGGGUGUAGGGAGGGGGACCUGAUCUAUUCAGACUCCUCCUGGGGUUUGAUAACACCAAAGUCAGUGGAGAAUAAAGAGCUUUUGCCGGGAAAGGUUGACUCCCCCCACUUCCAUUUAUUUUUUCUUUUUUCUUUUUCCUUUUCUCUUUUUCAUAAUUAUGUAAUGUUUUGGCUCAUUCCUAAGAUCCCGCUAGGAAUUAUAACUUACCUUGGUGGACUGGUAGAUUCCCAGAAGUGUUUAAUUUCACCAGUAAGAGAAUUUCUGAAAAGUACAGAGAACUAACUAACGAGAUUUAUGACAGUGCAGAUAUAAACUAUUGAACUGUGCCUAAUUUAACUACUACUUUCAAGAAAGCUCUCAAACAGAGCAGAAAUAUCAGAAGCAGAUGAAAUAAUCUGUAUUCUUCCCUUUUAGAAAAAUUUUAUCUCAGUGCACAAAUCUGUGGAUUAUCCUACCUGUGGACUAACAAUUGGUUCCAAAUUCAGGUUCCAAAUUCAGAUUUAUUACGGUCAAAUGACCAGAUCACAUAUACAAACCAUAGUUCUUAUCUACAUAAAAAGAGAGAAAAGAUUUAGUUAAAACUGUUAUCAUACUCUGCAGAUAAAUCCUAAAAAAUAAAACUAUCUUCAGUCUCUCCUUUUGUUAAAAACUUCCGCUUGUUUAUGACCAAAAACCAAUUAUUUUGUUACUGCAAAAUUUUGCUACUGCAAUAUUUUGCUACUGGAAGUCUUCCAACAAAUAUUUCAGCAGUACAGAAUCUACAAAUUUCAAAUAAUUAUCCAAAGAUUUAAACUAGGAGAGUAAUGGAUAUAUUAACUGCUGUCUCUCUUCGGAAUACAACUUACAAUGUAUGAGAAUAUGAGCAACGGUUUCAACUUUCUCCUCUGGGCAUAUCCAACAUCUUUGAUGGAUAAGCCUACGAAGAAACCUUCCCCGCAACACAUUAGAAUUAGAAGAGAAGGCAUAGAAACGAGCUCUAGAAAAGGCCCAUCUGUACUUUUGGUGCAUAAUGUUAGAGAGAUAUGGGGCUGCUGCAAAUCCAGACCAUGAUUUAAGACUACUAUACAUACCAGGUAAGAGUGCUCCAUCAGUUUGGACCUCUAUGUCAAUCAAACAUUGUUUAACCAUAGAUCUGGCUGUACUUAGACCCAUUUCCAAAAGAUUUUCCGUGGAUAUCCCAAUUGUUCUCAAUUUAUCCAUUAUUCUAAUAGACCCAUCAGGGUAUGGAGAGGAAUUGUCGAAGGCUUUCACGGCCGGAGAACGAUGGUUGUUGUGGGUUUUCCGGGCUGUAUUGCCAUGGUCUUGGCAUUGUAGUUCCUGACGUUUCGCCAGCAGCUGUGGCUGGCAUCUUCAGAGGUGUAGC